AACAUUUCAUUUGACUGAAAUCAGAUGAAAUGAAAACAGUUUUAUUUUGAAUCUGGUGGUGCUCACAACACAACAACAACAACAAAAAGGAAGAAGCAAGCAACGGAUUUAAAAAAGAAAUAUAAAUUAGGCAAUAUUUUUUUUUUCUUCUAAAAAAACUCCAAAAAAUAUUGCAGUAUUUUUUCGCAAUAAAAGUAACGAAAAUUUAGUAAAGGAAAUGCCGCCCAAUGAAACCACAGUUCUUCUAACAAAUUAUCGAGAGAAACGGAUGUUAAAUACACCCAGGACAAAGUAUGGCAGUCAAACGCAGGCAAGAGUUUUAGAUGAAGUCACAGAUGUGCACAUAGUUAAUGUUAGCAAAGAUCCGGAAGAAUAUGAACGCAUUUUCAGUUUGGAAGAAUAUCCUUCACCUCUAACAUUGGCCGAACUGUUGCCCUUCCAAGACGAUCCUUGGUGGCAAAAAUUUCGUCUUAUUUUAUUUUUUCUAUUUUGGCUAAUAUUUCUAUUCACCUUGAUAACAGCCUGCCUUAUAGCCUAUUUGGAAGUGGAUGGUACAUCAUGUCCUGCAAUUUCGUCUUCCCCAUCGCCGCCAACGCUGUUGGCAUCACCAACAGCCCUAACGACCAUGUCAAGUAUUUUAUCUUCAAAAUUAGCCAUAAUGCCAUAACGCUAUGUUUGAUUUUGUUUUAUUUAUUUGGAUAUGCGUCUAAAGGAAACUUAGGGCCUUAUUUUAAGAAGAAACAAAUAGUUGCUUCUAUGAAGCAAAAUUUUUAUUAUAAAGAAAGUGUGAUAUUUUUUUUAAACAAAAAUAUAAAUAAUUUCUUAAAUAAAUAAGAUAUGGCAACAAAUAACAACAUACCUACAGAUAAAUAUUUUUAAAUGUAUUCCAUAUAGAAAUCUAGUUUUCUCUUUCCCUCUACUGGGUACCGUAAAUUAAACAACGUCGGUCCGUAAAA